CGUCAUCUAAGAAAGCGAUUUGGGAAGCAUGGCUGCCGUUCGUAUAAUUCUACGGACAAAUUUGUUGAAAAGCUCACUUUUACAAAGAUGUUUAGGGCUUAGAAGUUUUUCAACACAUGUAGAUGAUUAUGUGUCAGGGAUUACGGAUCACCAAAAACAGGUUCAUUAUUUCUCACGAGAUUUCUUAUGUAAUUUUAUCCUUACGCAACUUCGCCUGAGAACCGUGACUGUGAUAUAUGGCUGUGAUGUAUCUCUUUGUAUAAACUACCGUCCCGUUUUUAGAUAGUUAGAAUUCUAACCGUUAUUUUUCCAGUUACGAGAGACGGUGAACAGUUUCUGUCAGAAGGAACUGGCGCCAUUUGCUGAUCAAAUCGAUAAAGAAAAUAACUUCGCAGAGUUGCGGGUGAGUGACUGUUCUGUCGUCGACGCGUCCACAUCCGCAUAUUGUUCAAUGUACUUGUGCUAGCAUUUAGAUCUAAGCUUAAUCUUUGUCGGCUUUGACCAAAUGUUGGUUAAAUAGAAAUGAAGUUUUUCUCUCUCUUAAAACUUGUGUGUGGCGAUAUGCUAGCUCAAGAGCUUUGGUUAAUGGGACAGAAAUUCACAGUCUUUCAAUCUCACAAUCUGUUGUCUGUACAUUUACAUGUACAGUAAAACCUCAGCAGAACAGAGACCUAAAGGACAGAUCCAAGUAUGUGCAGCACAGGAGUGUCAAUAUAAUAGAGAGAUCGCUUGCCUUUUAAUUGUAUUUCGUAAAGUAUUUUGGAACCAAGUGGUAGAAAGCCACAAGUGCACCGGUAAUAUACACUCUGUGUAUUAUGUAGUAUUGUGUCUUCUCCCUAAUAGCUAGUGGUAGUUACUAGAAGUUACUAGUAGUUACUGGUAGUUACUAGUAGUUACUAGUAGUUACUAGUAGUUACUAGUAGUUACUAGUAGUUACUAGUAGUUACUGGUAGUUACUAGUAGUUACUGGUAGUUACUAGUAGUUACUAGUAGUUACUAGUAGUUACUGGUAGUUACUAGUAGUUAAUGGUAGUUACUAGUAGUUAAUGGUAGUUAUUAGUAGUUACUGGUAGUUACUAGUAGUUAAUGGUAGUUAUUAGUAGUUACUGGUAGUUACUAGUAGUUACUAGUAGUUACUGGUAGUUACUGGUGGUUACUAGUAGUUAAUGGUAGUUACUAGAAGUUAAUGGUAGUUAUUAGUAGUUACUGGUAGUUACUAGUAGUUACUGGUAGUUACUAGUAGUUAAUGGUAGUUAUUAGUAGUUACUAGUAGUUACUAGUAGUUACUGGUAGUUACUAGUAGUUAUUGGUAGUUACUAGUAGUUAAUGGUAGUUAUUAGUAGUUACUGGUAGUUACUAGUAGUUACUGGUAGUUAUUAGUAGUUACUGGUAUUUACUAGUAGUUACUGGUAGUUGCUAGUAGUUACUGGUAGUUGCUAGUAGUUAAUGGUAGUUACUAGUAGUUACUGGUAGUUACUAGUAGCUACUGGUAGUUACUAGUAGUUACUAGUAGUUACUGGUAGUUAAUAGUAGUUCUUGGUAGUUAUUAGUAGUUACUGGAAUUUACUAGUAGUUACUGGUAGUUGCUAGUAGUUACUGGUAUUUACUAGUAGUUACUGGUAGUUACUAGUAGUUGUCGGUAGUUACUAGUAGUUACUGGUAGUUACUAGUAGUUAUUGGUAGUUACUAGUAGUUACUGGUAGUUACUAGUAGUUACUGGUAGUUAUUAGUAGUUACCGGUAGUUGCUAGUAGUUACUGGUAUUUACUAGUAGUUACUGGUAGUUGCUAGUAGUUACUGGUAGUUGCUGGUAGAUAGUGGUAGUUAUUAGUAGUUACUGGUAUUUACUAGUAGAUACUGGUAGUUGCUAGUAGUUAAUGGUAGUUACUAGUAGUUACUGGUAGUUACUAGUAGUUACUGGUAGUUACUAGUAGUUACUAGUAGUUACUGGUAGUUAAUAGUAGUUCUUGGUAUUUACUAGUAGUUAGUGGUAGUUUUUAGUAGUUACUGGUAGUUACCAGUAGUUACUGGUAGUUAAUAGUAGUUCUUGGUAUUUACUAGUAGUUAGUGGUAGUUUGUAGUAGUUACUGGUAGUUACUAGUAGUUACUGGUAGUUGCUAGUAGUUACUGGUAUUUACUAGUAGUUACUGGUAGUUACUAGCAGUUACUGGUAGUUAUUAGUAGUUACUGGUAGUUAUUAGUAGUUACUGGUAUUUACUAGUAGUUACUAGUAGUUGCUAGUAGUUACUGGUAGUUAAUAGUAGUUCUUGGUAUUUACUAGUAGUUAUUGGUAGUUAUUAGUAGUUACUGGUAUUUACUAGUAGUUACUGGUAGUUGCUAGUAGUUACUGGUAUUUACUAGUAGUUACUGGUAGUUACUAGUAGUUGUCGGUAGUUACUAGUAGUUACUGGUAGUUACUAGUAGUUACUGGUAGUUAAUAGUAGUUCUUGGUAUUUACUAGUAGUUAGUGGUAGUUUGUAGUAGUUACUGGUAGUUACUAGUAGUUACUGUUAGUUACUAGUAGUUGCUGGUAGUUACUAGUAGUUAGUGGUAGUUAUUAGUAGUUAAUGGUAGUUAUUAGUAGUUACUGGUAUUUACUAGUAGUUACUGGUAGUUGCUAGUAGUUACUGGUAGUUGCUAGUAGUUACUGGUAGUUGCUAGUAGUUAGUGGUAGUUACUAGUAGUUACUGGUAUUUACUAGUAGUUACUGGUAGUUGCUAGUAGUUACUGGUAGUUACUAGUAGUUACUGGUAGUUACUAGUAGUUACUGGUAGUUAAUAGUAGUUCUUGGUAUUUACUAGUAGUUAGUGGUAGUUUUUAGUAGUUACUGGUAGUUACUAGUAGUUAGUGGUAGUUACUAGUAGUUAGUGGUAGUUAUUAGUAGUUACUGGUAGUUACUAGUAGUUAGUGGUAGUUAUUAGUAGUUACUGGUAGUUACUAGUAGUCACUGGUAGUUGCUAGUAGUUACUGGUAGUUACUAGUAGUUAGUGGUAGUUAUUAGUAGUUAGUGGUAGUUAUUAGUAGUUACUGGUAUUUACUAGUAGUUACUGGUAGUUGCUAGUAGUUAGUGGUAGUUACUAGUAGUUAGUGGUAGUUACUAGUAGUUUUCGGUAGUUACUAGUAGUUGUCGGUAGUUACUGGUAGUUACUGGUAGUUACUAGUAGUUGUCGGUAGUUACUAGUAGUUACUGGUAGUUGAUGGUAGUUACUAGUAGUUACUAGUAGUUGAUGGUAGUUACUAAUAGUUAACAGUAGUUAUUGGUAAUUACUAGUAGUUACUGGUAGUUACUAGUAGUUGCUGGUAGUUACUGGUAGUUGUUGGUAGUUACUAGUAGUUCCUAGUAGUUAUCGGUAGUUACUAGUAGUUACUAGUAGUUACUUGUAGUUACUAGUAGUUACUGGUAGUUACUAGUAGUUGCCGGUAGUUAUUAGUAGUUACUGGUAGUUAAUGGUAGUUAUCGGUAGUUAAUAGUAGUUGUCGGUAGUUACUAGUAGUUACUGGUAGUUAAUAGUAGUUCUUGGUAUUUACUAGUAGUUAGUGGUAGUUUUUAGUAGUUACUGGUAGUUACUAGUAGUUAGUGGUAGUUACUAGUAGUUAGUGGUAGUUAUUAGCAGUUACUGGUAGUUACUAGUAGUUAGUGGUAGUUAUUAGUAGUUACUGGUAGUUACUAGUAGUCACUGGUAGUUGCUAGUAGUUACUGGUAGUUACUAGUAGUUAGUGGUAGUUAUUAGUAGUUAGUGGUAGUUAUUAGUAGUUACUGGUAUUUACUAGUAGUUACUGGUAGUUGCUAGUAGUUAGUGGUAGUUACUAGUAGUUAGUGGUAGUUACUAGUAGUUUUCGGUAGUUACUAGUAGUUGUCGGUAGUUACUGGUAGUUACUGGUAGUUACUAGUAGUUGUCGGUAGUUACUAGUAGUUACUGGUAGUUGAUGGUAGUUACUAGUAGUUACUAGUAGUUGAUGGUAGUUACUAAUAGUUAACAGUAGUUAUUGGUAAUUACUAGUAGUUACUGGUAGUUACUAGUAGUUGCUGGUAGUUACUGGUAGUUGUUGGUAGUUACUAGUAGUUCCUAGUAGUUAUCGGUAGUUACUAGUAGUUACUAGUAGUUACUUGUAGUUACUAGUAGUUACUGGUAGUUACUGGUAGUUACUAUUAGUUGCCGGUAGUUAUUAGUAGUUACUGGUAGUUAAUGGUAGUUAUCGGUAGUUAAUAGUAGUUGUCGGUAGUUACUAGUAGUUACUGGUAGUUGGUGGUAUUUAUUGGUAUUUACUAGUAGUUAGUGGUAGUUACUAGUAGUUUUCGGUAGUUGCUAGUAGUUGUCGGUAGUUACUGGUACUUAUUAGUAGUUAUCGGUAGUUACUAGUAGUUACUGGUACUUUCUAGUAGUUGUCGGUAGUUACUAGUAGUUUCUGGUAGUUACUAGUAGUUGCUGGUAGUUACUAGUAGUUGCUGGUAGUUACUAGUAGUUGCUGAUAGUUACUGGUAGUUGUCGGUAAUUACUGAUUCGAGUUGACUGUUUUCAUUUGCCUCGACUAUCUCUAUUGACGCUGUUGAAGUGAAAGUCUAGUAAUAUAACAGAACACUUGAUGUUAGUUCCCCCCCGGAAAAACAGUUAGUUAUAUUUUUCGUCAAGUAAUGAUGUUUCUCUUGUUGACCUUGUCUCGGGAAACAUCAGGACUCUCGGCGUUCUCAAUUCCUCUCCUUUAGGUCCCGCCAAUGUGGCAUGAAAGCAAUGUUCACACAAACCAAUCACUUUAAGUAGACUUUAUUUGUGAAAGUUUAUCUUAAACUUGAUAUGCCUUUACACAGAAUGACAGGUUGGCUCAUAUAUUCCAUUUAAAGUGACAUGUAUUUCAUUCUCAAUGUCGUAACUCUUUGCCUUUAAUUUUAUUUCUACUAAUUUAUAAAAACCUCACUUAAUGAUGUCGCUGACAUAGUCAUUGUGAAAACCUUGUAAACAGUAAUAGUCUUUAAUGUGUUUGAAGUAAAUAUCCAUUUCCUAG